CGUGAAAUGGAACGUAAAAGGUAUAUAUAUAGUUACGUAAAAAUGUACACUAGAGGUCGCUAUAGUGCAUCAACACCUUGAAGUAGCGACGUCAACGGUGCGAAUAUUUUUUGUUUUCUAAGUGAAAAAUGUUGUUUUCUACCCUUUUAUAAGUUAAAUUACUUUUUACAAAGUUACUAUAAGUGUUUAUCUUCAAUCAAGUGUUAAUUUUUUCCUUAGAAAGUUGAAAGUUUAGUGUUUGAAGUUGUAACGAACUCUGGGAUCGCUCACUUUUGGGAAUUCAGGUGUCAACGAGGAUGAUAUUCUCCUCAUAUUCGGCGCCGUUUAGCUAAGAUUAAGAUAAAUUAUUUCACCACCGUCCCGUCACAAAAGAUAUCACAAUGCAGCGGCAUUAAGCUGCAAUACAGGUGGUAUCUCGCCAUGCAGCGCGCGGGUGGGAGCAGGGCCUGUGCGCCAUGAGCCACACUCCUAUAGGCGGCCACCCGCAAGGUUGGGAUCACAAGCUUGCUGACCGGUCGUCGCUGCCGCCGGCCUCUGGCGAGGAGAGGAAGACCCACUCCAAACAUGUCUUCGCACAACCACAUAUGUCUAAAAUGGGAGCGUCCGGAGCCCUGCGCUCGGAGACGGACGGGUCGUCGGGCAGCUCCGGGCAGUCGGCGCGCUCGCUCGCCUCGCCGCCCUACAUGCGGUGGGCGCGCUCGCUGCACGACCUGCUCGAGGACGCAGAGGGCGUGCGCCUGUUCCGCAAGUUCGUCGGCGGCGCCGGAGCCCUGCACGUGGACCGGCUCAACUUCCACUUCGCCGUGCAGGGCCUGCGCCAGGAGGCGGAGCAGACCAAGAUCCGCCAGGUCGUCUCCGCCAUAUACAAGUUCCUCCGCAAGUCGGCGCUGGCGAUGCCGGAGGAGCUGAAGGCGCGCGUGAAGGCGGCGCUGCGUGACGGCGCGCCGCUCGAGAAGACCGUCUUCGACCGCAUGGAGCAGGAGGUGACGCGAGCUAUAACGGAGUCGACGUACCAGGCCUUCCUGCUGAGCGAGGCGUACGUGUCGUACGUGUCGGCCGCCACGCAGCCGCUGUCCUCGCCAGACGCCUCGCCGCCCGCGCCCAAAGAGGUGGGCUUGGGGCUGGCCACGCUGCACGAGGGGCAGGAGCUGGGCGCGGGCGGGGGCGGGGGCGGGGGCGGGGCGGGGGCGGCGCCGGCGCGGCUCACGCACGACGCGCUGCUCGCCACGCAGGCGCGCCGGCUGCACCACGACCACGCGCCUAAGCACCGCACGAAGUCGGUAUAUAGCGCGCACGUCACCUACGCGGGAUACACGCCAGCGUCGAGGCAGGACUCCGAGCGAGCCAGCUUGAGCAGUGGACGGACGGACAGUGAUGUCGUCUCGCUCUCCGGGAGCAGCGUGGACGGCCUGUCCGUGCGAGGCACGCGCGAGCGGGCGCGGCGGCCGCGGCUGCCCGGCCUCGACCGGAACGCUGUGAUUAACAAGGAGCAGGAUACCGCUAUGGUGAUCCCUCGAACACAGCGCAUGUCAGCGGAGGCGCUGCGAGUGUUACCGCCGGCCGAGUUCGCCCCCCUCCUCAUAGAGAAGCUGGAGCGGGUGCAGCGCGACCAGGUGCUGAAGGAGCGGCUCGAGCGGCGCCUGCAGGAGGGUGACGGCGAGGACGCGUCCACGCAAGCGCUGCCCCCGCAACUCGUGGCGGCCGCCAUUCGCGAGAAGCUGCAGCUGGACGACGAUAACGACCAGGAUAUCCUCGACCAGCACGUGUCGCGCGUGUGGUCGGAGCGCACGCCGGGCGCGUCGCCGCCGGGCGGGCGGCGCGCGCGCCGGGCGCCGCACGCGCGCCGCGCCGCCUCCGCGCUGUCCGCCGACUCCGGACACUGCGACGCCAGCGACCGCGCGCACCCGCCCUUCUCGCACUCCAGUUCCCUGCGCAGAUCGUUCUCUAAGAAGACGGUGACGGAGCUGACGGACAGCGGCGUGUCGGUGGUGAGCGACGGCGCCAGCGCGGGCGGCCGCGUGCUGCAGUGGAUGGCCGAGGGCGAGCGCAGCCGCCGCGACGCGCCGCGCUCGCGCGCAUCCUCCGCCGACCGCGACGAGCCGCGCCGCCGCCCGCAUCCCGCACAGAAGCCGCGUGUAACCGGCGGCGGGCGCACGGGCACGGGCACGGGCGGCAGCGGCAGCGGGUGCGGCGAGCACACGGUGGUGGUGGUGGCCUUCCUGGACGAGGCCGUGCCGUACCGGUUCAAGGUGCCGCAGGUGCCGCUCACGCUGCGGACCUUCAAGGACUUCCUGCCGAGGAGGGGCAACUACAGAUACUUCUUCAAGACGGAGUGCGCGGACCUGGACAACACGGUGAUACAGGAGGAGGUGAGCCACGACGCCGACACGCUGCCAAUGUUCGAGGGCAAAGUCAUGGCGCGCGUCAAGCCCGUCGAGUGA